CAAAGGCUUCUUGUUUGGACAAAAAAUUGGAAUAAACCAAACCAAACCAAUUGUUUCUUGUUCUUGUUUGUUCUCUUGUUGAUCACAUCUGAGUGAGUAGCAAAGAGACAAGCCUCACAAUCCUGCAUACAUAUAGAUAUAGAUAUAGAUAUAGAUAUAGAGACCAUGUUAGCUCAGCAGCAUACAACCAAACCCAAAUAUUGUUUCUUAAUUACCAAUGUGAAUAUGGCUCCCAAAUCUCCAAUCAUUUUCACAUUUGUUUGUAUUCUGCUAUCCUUUGUCCUUCUUGCUGAUUCUGUGCCAAUAAAUGAAACAAGAUUCAGCCCAAUGGAAGAGCUGAAGAAGGUGAGCAGAGUCAGAGCUAAGCUAAAGAAGAUCAACAAACCUUCWGUCAAGACCAUUCAGAGUGGUGAUGGAGAUUUGAUUGAUUGUGUCCUUUCUCAUCUUCAACCUGCAUUUGAUCAUCCUAUGCUCAGAGGCCAGAGACCAUUGGAACCGCCAUUGGAGAGGCCAAAGGGGCAUAACUCCAGUGAUGAAGGCUUUGAGACAAUUCAGUUAUGGGCAGAAUCCGGUGAAUUAUGCCCAGAAGGAACUGUUCCGAUCAGAAGAACAACCAAGAAAGAUGUUUUACGAGCGAGUUCGCUUCGAAGAUUUGGAAGAAAGAUAAGAGGAGGUGUGAGGCACGACACCAUGAGCGGUGGUCACGAGCAUGCAGUCGCUUUUGUGAACGGAGAUCAGUACUACGGAGCCAAGGCCAGCAUGAAUGUAUGGACGCCAACGGUUACAGAUCCGUAUGAGUUUAGUCUGUCACAGUUAUGGGUCAUAUCCGGUUCAUUCGGCAAUGAUCUCAAUACCAUAGAAGCGGGUUGGCAGGUUAGUCCAGAGUUAUAUGGAGAUGGUUAUCCUAGAUUUUUCACUUACUGGACUACGGAUGCAUACCAAGCCACAGGGUGCUAUAACUUGCUAUGCUCAGGAUUUGUUCAAACAAACAAUAGGAUUGCUAUAGGUGCAGCCAUCUCUCCAAGGUCAUCUUACAAUGGCAAACAAUUCGAUAUCGGUAUCAUGAUAUGGAAGGACCCUAAGCAUGGGCACUGGUGGCUCCAAUUUGGAUCCGGGGUGCUCAUCGGCUACUGGCCAUCGUUCUUAUUCAGUCAUUUGCAACGACAAGCGAGUAUGGUACAGUUUGGAGGGGAGAUAGUGAACUCAAGAUCAAGGGGAUAUCACACAUCAACACAGAUGGGAAGUGGUCAUUUUGCAGGUGAAGGUUUUGGGAAAGCUUCCUACUUUCGGAAUUUGCAGGUUGUCGAUUGGGACAACAGCUUGCUUCCGCUAACGAAUCUCCAUCUCUCGGCCGACAAUCCGAAUUGUUACGAUAUAAAAGCGGGCAAAAACAAUGUUUGGGGGAAUUAUAUUUAUUAUGGAGGUCCAGGAAGGAAUGCAGGUUGUCAAUAGAUGAAAUUGCAUAGUGUAACCCUUUUCUUUACAAGAUCAAUUCUUUCCCUAGCCUUAAAAGGAGUUGGAGGAUUUUUGAAAUUUUUUGUUUACAAAGAGAUCCUAUUAUUUGUAUUAGGUUACCAUAAGUCCACAUUGAUGGCUCGUGUAUAUUAGGGUUAGGGGUAACUGAUUUAUAAUAUAUUUGUAUUAGGUUACCAUAAGUCCACCUUGGUUUUCCGUGUACCUUUGUACAUGUGGCAUGGCAAGUUUUCAAUACAAAUUUGACCUUAUCU